AUAGCCAAAUUAAAACAGACGAAGAGAACACAUAUUUUCCUUCCUAGUUCAAAAAAGGAGAGAACACCCUUGGGAUGGACACACGGGCUGCUAUUGUUUGCUUCCUAGUGGUGCUAGCACUUGUGGGUACUCCUAUUUCUGCAGAUAGUUGCACGGUCGUUGACGACGGCGGGGAGUUUUUCUGCACCAAGCCGCUGUGCAAGGCCACAUGCGAGGUGUUUGCACGUGAUAGGAAGGGCAGCCUCAAGGACUACCAUUGUGAGAAGAAAAACGCCAUCAAGGCUAUUUGCUAUUGCAACAUUUGCUAGUAGAGACUGAAAUACUGGCUAGUAGUUACUUCAGGAUGGACCAAAGUAUGUUAUGUAUAACAUCAUAUUGAGAGCAAGGAAUAAACAAUUUAUUACUUGAUUGUUAA